AAUAGAAAAAUAAAAAAUACUUGAAAAGAAGAAAAAUCCACGAAAAAAAGUUUAUUAUUCUUUUUUCCGCUAGAAAAAGUUAUCAAAAAUUAGUAAAAUUAUCAAAGAAUUUUAAGUGUUUCUACGCAAAUUCCAUAUUCAAUAUGAGUUUAAAUAAUUCUUGUAAAAAUAAGCUACAAAUUGUUAAGUGAAAAACAAGUCAGAAAAAAUUCUUAGAAAACAGUGAGGUUGCGCUCUACUUGUUCAGUUUGGAGUAAAAAAAAAUAGAAAGGAAUUUUCUGUUCCGUUGGCCAAAUUUUUUCCAACAAACCAUAUAGAAAGGAUAUUAACAAAAUAAGCAACUUUAUUGGUUUAACAAUAUUAUUCGUAAAAGCCAACGUCUUGCCAAAUUUUGUAUAAAUAGAAAAUGGCACCGUUGGCAGGCCCUUCAUUUUCAAUAGACACCUGGAAGAAUGAUCCCCCAGAUGUGGAACUCAAAUGUUUUCUACCGAAUGGCAUAUUUCUGACUUUGCAUGUACCCGCUACUGCCACUAUUAGAGAAAUAAAAACGGAAAUGGUUAAACAAUCAAAAAACUAUCCACUUCACAAUCUGAUUAAAGAUGCUUGUGAUUAUGAGGUCAGUGGUAUAUCGGCCAUUGCUCUUGUCGAGCCGUUUACAGAUGAAACAAAACGUUUGUGUGAAGUCCAGCCUUAUUUUUGCCUUUUACGCUUGGGCGAACGUAGUGAUACGACUGCCAUUUCCAGCGAUUAUGAAUUGUCGAAAUUGGUCAGUAAUAUGAUUGGUAAAUCAUUCGAAGACUACAGUGCCCAACGCAGUCCCGAAGAGGAUAAUUUUCGUCGAAAAAUGACACUGCUCUGCGAUGAAAUCGAACUGGAACGUUCCAAGUAUAGUUGGGCAGAAAAAUUGCUGUACGAGCAUCCCCUACGUUUGGCCAACAAUCCCAUUAUGCCAGAGAUAAUUCGUACACGUUUUCGUAAUUCAAAUUUUUUAGUUGUUGUUAAGUUGGAAAAUGAUGAGACCUCAUUCACGAUCUCGGUCAGUGAUCAGCAUACCCCACGAACACUGGUUGAAAUGGUCCUGUCGAAAGUACGUAAAUCUCAAAUAAAAGUUAGCGAUCGCGCCUCUGACUACAUAUUGAAAGUGCGUGGUCGAGACGAAUACUUGUUUGGUGAAUAUCCGCUAAUACAGUUUAUUUAUAUACAGGAAAGCCUUUCUGGUUCAGAUGUUCCAAAUGUUGUACUCAAACCCAUACAUACCCUACCUUCAUACAUUAGCUAUAAACAGGAAUUAAAUGCUGCCCCUAAGAGACCACCAAAACCCGAAAGUCUGCGCCAUCAAUCGAAUGAAAUGGUAAAGAGAAAAAUGAAAAACUCAUGGGAAAUCGAUGAUCACUUUCGUCUACGACUGCACCGCAUUGAUAAUGUGAACUGUGAUUUGGCGCGUGGCAUUAAGGUGGGUGUACACAUCGGCCUCUAUCACGGCGAACACAAGUUGUGUGCUCAACAUUCAGUCGAUAUAGCCAGCAGUAAUAAUCGUUCAUUUACCUUUGACAAGGACAUAGUCUUAGAUAUUCCCCUGCAAAACUUGCCACGCAUGACUAGACUCUGUAUGGUCGUCUAUGAAGUGACAAAGACAUCACGCUCCAAGAAAUCAUCCAACACUAGCAAAGAGAAUACAAUACUAAAAGAUGGCAAUGUAAAUGUGAAUUCGUUGGCCUGGGUCAAUACUACACUGUUCGAUUACAAACAUCAAUUAAAAACGGGCUGCGUAACACUACACACCUGGACGUAUGCCGAUGACAUACAGUCGGAUGAAAUAUUCCAUCCGUUGGGCACGAUCGAACCAAAUCCACGUAAAGAUGAGUGUGCUGUGGUGCAACUGACAUUCCAUAAUUACGGUUACGAAAAUAUACAGUAUCCUUCGGAAGAGACAGUUCUGCAAUAUGCCUCCAAUUUAGCCGCUUGCAAAGAGCCCCUAAGUCGCGGAUCGUCCCAGGAUGCGGCGGCUACCGUUAGCAAAGUUUUAUCACAGUAUUCACGUACUAUUAAUAAACUUUAUGAAAUGCACGAUCAAGAUCGCAAUGAUAUAUGGGAGAAGAGAUAUGCUAUUAAACAAGAUGAACCCGAAGAGCUUUCUAUCCUGCUGCAUUGUGUUAACUGGAAUGAACGUGAUGAGGUGGCCGAAAUGUGGCAUUUGCUUAAGGAAUGGCCUACAAUAUCAGUAGAACGUUCUUUAGAAUUACUAGAUUAUGCUUAUCCAGAUCCGGCAGUGCGAAAUUUUGCCAUUCGUUGUCUAAACAAUUUAAAAGACGAAGAGCUUUUACUGUAUCUGCUGCAAUUGGUACAGGCCAUGAAACAUGAAUCUUAUUUGGAUUGUGCACUCACCACCUUUGUCCUAGAGCGAGCUUUGCGCAAUCAACGCAUCGGACACUAUUUCUUUUGGCAUUUACGCUCUGAAAUGCAAACGCCUUCAAUGCAAACUCGUUUCGGUCUAUUGCUUGAGGCCUAUCUCAAAGGUUGUAAACCUCAUGUACCGCUGCUGCGCAAACAGUUGCAUGUUUUAGAGAAACUGAAACAGGGUUCGGUGCUGGCAAAAAAGGGCAGCAAGGAAAAAGUAAGAAAUCUCUUACAAGACUUUUUGCGCAAUCAGCGAAAUAGUGGUGUCUUCCAAAGCAUACAGAAUCCCUUGAAUCCCAGCUUUCGCUGUAAGGGCGUUAAGCCCGAAAAAUGCAAAGUUAUGGACUCAAAAAUGCGCCCGCUAUGGAUUGUAUUCGAAAAUGCCGAUCAAAACUGUAACGAUAUUUAUAUAAUCUUUAAAAAUGGUGAUGACUUAAGACAGGACAUGCUAACACUACAAAUGCUAAGAGUUAUGGAUCAAUUGUGGAAAAAUGAAGGCAUGGAUUUCCGCAUGAACAUAUACAAUUGCAUUAGUAUGGAGCGUCGCUUGGGUAUGAUUGAGGUUGUACUCAAUGCCGAAACUAUAGCCAACAUACAAAAGGAGAAGGGUAUGUUUUCGGCCACCUCGCCCUUCAAAAAAGGCUCUUUAUAUAGUUGGCUUAAGGAGUACAAUAAAACUGAAGAAGAAAUGAACAAAGCUGUUAAAGAAUUUACGCUAAGUUGUGCUGGUUAUUGUGUAGCCACAUAUGUUUUGGGUGUAGCUGAUCGUCAUUCAGAUAACAUUAUGGUGAAACGUAAUGGUCAACUUUUCCAUAUUGAUUUUGGUCACAUAUUAGGCCAUUUCAAGGAGAAAUUUGGCGUUAGACGAGAACGUGUACCAUUUGUUUUGACACACGAUUUUGUGUAUGUCAUAAAUAAGGGUCGUGCCGAUCGUAUGGCUGAAGAAUUUCGUUUAUUCCAAGAUAUGUGUGAAAAGGCAUUUUUGGUUUUACGCAAACACGGCUGCCUUAUACUUUCCUUAUUUAGUAUGAUGAUAUCAACGGGUCUGCCCGAAUUAUCAUCUGAAAAGGAUUUAAAUUAUUUAAAAGAGACUUUGGUUUUAGAAUAUAGUCAAGAAAAAGCUGUUGAACAUUUCCGUUCGAAAUUUAGCGAGGCUUUAGCCAAUUCCUGGAAAACUUCACUCAACUGGGCUUCUCAUAAUUUCUCUAAAAAUAACAAACAAUAAAAACAAACCGACAGAAAUAUUUAAAAUCCCAAACUCAAAUCACCUACCCACAACAAAUACUGCAUGAUCAUCUCGAAAAAAGAAACUAACAAUAACAACACCAACAACAAAAAUUAACAUCCUAUACGAUCGACUAUUAUACAUAAUUGUACAAUUAAUUGUGCUUAUAUUUAAACAAAAAAAAAACAAAAUUUUUUGGUUUAUUUUCUUUAUUACUUCUUAAUUUUAAUUAUAAUUAUAUUUUUUUAUUUUUAUUAUUUUCACUCCUAAUAUUCUAAUUUUUUGUUGGAUAUUUUUUUUCGUUUAUUAAAUUUAAUUGUUUUUCAUUUGUAAAAUUUCCUCAUAGAUAAAAUUUCAAACAAAACAAAAAUAAAACAAAUUAAAAACAAAACAUGCAUUAAGUAAAAAAAUAAUAAAAUACAUAAAAGUGUUCAACACAAAACUUUAGACUUUAAAGAAACAAAAAUAAAUAAAUCAACUUCAUUAUGAAUUAAAUAAAAACCACAUUUUAAUAAUAAAAAAAUACAAACAACAACAAAAAAAUUACGUAAAUUACAAUGAACUUAUAUUAAUAAAUUUAAAUCAAUAUAACUUUAAUUAUUAAACAAACAAAA